AUGACCCAGUCAAAGAAUCAAGUCAUUUACGCGCCUUCAAAAGAAGCUCCUCGCGGCACAAAGUCCAUCUUUCUCGCCGGUACCACCACCAGAGUCGACACCCACGACUGGCGCGAGCUUCUAUCCACCGCUCUCUCCGACGUGCCUGUUACAAUCUACAAUCCGUACCGCGCUGAUUGGGACAGCUCGUGGCGGGAGGAUAUCAAUUUCACUCCAUACCGCGAGCAGGUGGAGUGGGAACUUGAAAAGCAGGAGAAGGCCGACAUUGUCAUUGUUUACUUCCACCCAGCUACCCAGGCGCCGAUCAGUUUGCUUGAGUUUGGACUCUGUGCCCGAGUACCUGAAAAGGCUAUCGUUGCCUGUCCUGAGGGGUAUUGGAAGAGGGGGAAUGUGCAAAUUGUGUGUAAGAGAUAUGGGGUUGAGAUGGUAGAUGAUGUUGAUGGGCUAAAAGAGGCGGUUGUGAAGAGGCUGUCUAUUGGUUUGUGA